AUGCUUCGAAAUCUCGCGGGCGAGCAGCGGGGUGCAGCCGUCGCGCUGAGACGCGCCGUGCACGGAACAGCGACAUACAGUGCCGCCCAUUUGCUAUUAUCACCCAUACACAACACCAAGCACUACCAUGGUGUUUCAGGCUCAUCUACCAAGACGCUACGGUAUCUGACUACCGAUGCGACUCAGCAGGGCGAAUUCGCCGACGCCGACCGUACGCAGACUGCACUUACGACAGAGAUGAUUCCAUUCAUGAAAAAGUACCCGCUCCCUCAGGAAGACGCAAAGCAAAUAGUCCGGCUCAUCGCGAGCGCCAAUACAAACCUGGCUACUCUGCGAAACGUGCCCGACAUGGAAGCCAAUAUACGCGAAUGCGAGGCGCAAGUCUUAGAAGUGGUGGAACAGUCAAAGGCGUCAGCCGGUGCACUGCGUGCCUUGGCCGCUGCUAUCCUACAAAUGACGCGUAGUCCUCAACGCUUCGGUGUUGUGGCCCGUCUCUAUCAUAUUGCCUUUCGGCGGGGCAGCGAAGAUGCCGGCUAUUCAUGGGCCACCAUGGUACUAGAAGGACUGAUAAUGGCGCCGACGAAAGAAUGGGAGACCGCGCAGGUUGAGGAGGCUACGAAGGUCUACUCCCAACUGGCACGCACAGGGCACGCACAGUCUCAGUUUGGCAUGGGUCGUCUUGUCCUUGCAAAGCUCCUAUCACAAACAGGCCCCCAGAGGGACGACAAGCAAGUGCAAAUGGCCAUUGACCUAUGGCAGAGGGCUGGGCGGAACGGGUAUGCGGAUGCCUGGUAUGAGUUGGGCCAACUGUACUACUCGGGCGAACUCAUACAGGAGGAUAAAUCACGGGCUACCUCUUGUUUCCAGCAGGGAGCCCGCGGUGGCAGCGCACUUGCGAGCCAUGCGCUUGGCACGAUCCAUCUUAGGCAGGCGAAGAAGGAGGCCGACGGCGGCCACACGGCCGAGUGCGCGAAACUCUCUGCGCUAGCCGCACGCUACUUUAUGCAAGCCGCCCAGAAAGGCCAUGCCGCCAGUGCCUACAAUGUGGGGCUUCUAUAUCUUCAUCCCGACGCUAUGCCAACGACCAAGGAAGGCCGCGAGGACCACAAGAUGCGGCAUGGCGUCCUCCCCGAUGACCACAAUGCGCGCGAAUGGUUUGCUGCAGCGGCCGCACGAAGUACGUAUGCACGAUCGGCUAACACUAGACUUUCUACCCGCAUUGAUGAACUACGGGGCCAUGCUCGUCGCUGGGCGAGGGGCCAGUGA